AUGUCAGAAUCAUCUCCCGCCACAACUAAGCCAACCGAAAUUGGAACCGAGGCGUCCACGUCUCUCCAAGCCACACCAGGAGACCCGAUGUCUGAGCCACCACCUCCAUUCUUCCAGGCGUGGUUCAUGCCUGGUACCGGUUGUGAGGAACUCAGCCAGCGGCUCCCGUGCAUCUCCGAUGGUCUUCCCCAAGCUUCUGGGAAACUCGCUGUGAGCUUCGAUCAGCCUGUCCUUGUGCUAGAGUUUGCGGCCAAUGACCCAUACUACUUGGUUCCACAGCCGAUCCAUGACAACACCCAAGCGCAUGAGGACAAGCUGAUACCGGAAGAAGGCAAUAACGCAGAUCACACGAAGCCGGAAACUCUGUGCCGGAAGACCGGACUUCGGAAGUCGAGUUGCUUCGAAGCUCAGAUAAUGGAUGGCCAAGCCAAAUAUGCAGAAACAAGGAACAUGUACGCCUGGGUGCACCGCCCGCUCGCGACGCGCCGCCAGGAGGCACGGCAACGGCAUCAAAGAAUCCCACGCCCACUUAACUCAUUCAUACUGUACCGGCUGGCGUACAGUGAUCGACGGGGAAAGCCGCGGACCGCAAAAGGCCAUUCUCAGGAGUUGACAUUGCGUUCAAAGGCGUUCUCCAACCUUGGCCAGAAUUCACAGCCUGCCGCUUGGGCCCCUUCGGUGGAUAAUAAUCGCGCUUGUGAAGUUCCUGCGGAAGAGGGAAACCUCAUCCAGAGUUGUUCCUUGAGCCCAACUGGCUUUAUGCCACUGGGCAGUGCCGUUUUGAUAUGGGAGCAGUGGACGUCCUAUUCCCAGACGACCUCUGCCGAGUAUAACUCCAAAGGCACCCAGGCUUGUUUGCCUGUCGCCACGGGGCAAACAGAGAUAGCUGCCACUGCUUGCUUGGUUUCCCAGCCUGCAGCCCCUGGAAUUGAAGCUGCCAAUCGUCGGUCUGCUUCACUGCCCCUGUCUAUUCCAUAUGAGAUUGGUAACACCGCCUAUAAUGCUCGGGCUACCGCCAAGGCACAUCCUUCACAGACCAGCUCUUUCGUCGCUAUAGGCACUUUCGCUGGCAUACCCAUGCCGGUUACAGAAGCAAUGUCGGAGUGCGUGAACGGCUCGUCCUGCGAUGAAAGCGACUUUCUUACGCUCUUCAGCGAGCCCACACCGCUGGAGAAUCCCACCCCGUCCGUGUCUUGGAUAGAGGCCGAAAUGGCAAAGAUGGUGGCGAAGGACCAACAUGACUCGCAGCACUACGAGUUUGUUUCAGAUGAUCUUUCACUGCGUGACAGGCAAAUGAUCGGGCCAUCGCUGGACUAUGUGAGCUGCCUGACUCAAGGUACGCGUGCGUGGCAUUCCGAUCGUGUGUCCUGA